AUGUCGAUCCCAAAGUCGAAUAGUUCAAUCGCUUGGAAGCAUUUUAUUAGAGACCCAAAUACCUCAGAUGAGGCCAUUUGUAAGCACUGUAAAAAAUCCUAUAAACGAUCAAAUGGAACUACUAAUCUGUUGGACCAUUUAAAAAGAAAACAUUUUACUGUGUUAAACCGCUGUAAUUUGCAACAACAGAUCGAAGAUGAUUCAAAUCGACCUGGAAUAUCAGGGGAACAUUCACAAUCUGCAAGUGUUCCGCCUUAUAGUAGUUCAGUAACUGUGACCAAUAAUUAUGUUGAAAGUGGCAAAAAACACAAACAAUUAUUUUUGUCUGACAGGUUUGAUUAUUAUCCAACUGGUUUGGAGUGCAAUUAUUUGUUAAGAGAAAACUCUCUUUUGUUUGCUAUUAAGUACCAAACUAUUAUAAAAACCAAAAAUCUUAGAGUAUGGCUUAUCGGCAUCAUAAGCACUAAAUAUGAAAUUCCUAGUAGACAAACACUUGGAAGAACAAUAAUUCCAAAAAUGUAUUUGGCUGUUCAACAUAAAGUUGAAACUAUGCUUAAUAAUGCUAGAGACGUAGCGAUCACUACUGAUAUUUGGACGUCAAUAAACACCGACUCGUAUAUAACUAUGACUGUUCAUUUUCUCAUCCAAACACAGUUAAAAGCUUUGGUUCUAUGCACCAAAAAAUUGGAAUGCAGCCAUACUGCUGUUAAUAUUUGUGACCUUAUGACAGAGGAAUUGAACAAAUGGAAUGUUUUAAAUAAAGUUUUUGCUGUGGUAACCGAUGGCGGACCGAAUAUUAAAGCUGCAGUUAGGCUUAUGAAUUUAAGUCAUGUGCCUUGUACUGCACAUAAACUCAAUUUAAUUGUUCAACAGUCUCUACUGUUGUCUGACAAUGAAGAGACUAGACCAAGUACUAAUGCAAAUGAAAAUGAUUUAAAAAAUCUACUAAAGAAGUGUCGAGCCAUUGUUGGAUUUUUUAAGAGAAGCGAAGUUGCUAACAGAAUGUUGAUGAAUAAACAACAGCAGCUUGGUUUUGAAACAGUGCUAAAAUUAAACCAAGAUAUACGUACUUGGUGGAAUAACACAUUUUUCAUGUUGGAAAGACUUAUAAAACUAAAAGAACCUCUAACUAUUGUUAUGAUAACAUUAAAAGAUGCUCCAUGUCAUCUAAGUUCCGAUGAAUGGAGUAUAAUUGAUGAUGUUGUACCAUUAUUAAGGCCAUUUGAUAAAGUAACUGUUGAGCUCUCUGCUGAACAAUAUCCCACUAUCUCAACAGUUAUUCCAUUAAUACGAGGUUUGCAAAUGUCAUUAGGUUCAAAAAAUCCAUCAACGCUACUGGGAAGUUUUAUAAAACAGAGACUGAUAGACAAAACUGCUAAGCGUUUUGAGAAACAAGCUACACAAGAAGUUGAUGGAAAUGAAGAAGUCGAUAAUGUGUGGAGUUUUUUGCAAUCUAGAGUGACAAAUGUUCAAUCACAAACAACGAAAACAAGUAGUGCUACAUCCUUAAUGAGGCAGUACAUAAGUAUGCCUCAUCAAGAUUUUAAGAGCAAUGUGGCUAAGUUUUGGAAUGAACACAAGGUUGUAUUAGCUCCACUGAGUGACAUUGCGCUUAAGUAUUCCAUUGUUCCAGCAACCUCGAAACAAUAUUCAACUGGUUUGAAGAUUCAACACAUUUUACCUCUGGAAGGUCAUAUAAGAGAUUAG